GAUGCUGUGAAGGCCAAGGCUGAGGAGAUGGCUGGCAAGGGCCAGAGGCAUUGGGUUUUAGAUCAUCUUCCCGAUAUCCUUCAUUCCCAAGACUUCCACUUUGAUGAUGAAGCUUCACCCCAGAGAAGGCUGAUGGAGCUGUUGAUAGAGGCAUCCUAUGUGGAUGGAAAGACUUUCAUAUAUGAAGAGCAUCUUCUUUGUAUUAAUGUCUCUGAACGCCUCUUUCCCUUGAACACCCUCAAUGAUGUAAAGGAGAUUGGUCAGGUUUUUCUUGAUAUAUUGCAGUGUAUGUUUUUUUUCUUGACACCAUUUUCCUCCUUCAAGCUACAAUCUAAAGCAUGUCAAUUUAGGUCAUUGAUGGCUCUUUGAUCACCCAAUGAUUCUCCACUGUGAUAUCAGUAUGACCAAUGUGAUGUAUCGAAGGAGACAUAGGCAAGUCUGUGGUGUCCUCAAUGAUUUCGACCUCUCCUCUUUUCUUCCUCUCCGAGAUGCCUCAUCUCUCCAUCAUACAGGUACUGCACCUUAUAUGGCCUGUGACCUUCUGCAUGCAACCGACAUCAGCCAUCUGUAUUGUCAUGAUAUCGAAGCCCUGUUCUAUGUCUUGAUGAUGCUCUGCUGUCGUUACAAGAUUGUGUGCUCUGACAAGGGGUCCACAAUGAAGGAAUUGAAAAUGGAAAAGGGGAAGAAACCACCAUUUUCUGACUGGUUAGACCGAAUGAUGAUGUGGGAAGCCCUAUCUAGGCAGAAGAGAUGCUUCCUAGCUGAGGACAUGCCCAUUCCUACUUUGACAUCAUUUUCUGCCUUUCUUCCUUGGCUUCAAGACAUCUGGGUUGCAUUUGGUGAUGGUUUCCAUGCACAGACCAAAUCCAAGAUUCAACCCAAUCUGAAACGAAAGAUUCCUGCAAAUUUCAUUCCACUGAGUGAGCAUGAUCUUACAAAUUGUCCCAGCAGCAUCCAGAUCCCUGUGCCCUUUGAUGAAGAGACGCUCGGCGGAUAUGUUGUCUACUCGGACUUUUUGGCGAUCAUGUCAGAUAUUGGUGGCCACUCCCUAGUUAUUAAAAAUGAUCAGUAGUGAAGCCUAACAUCUCAGAGGUUGAACAAGUGUAUAUUCACAUAGAUAGGCAUACAAAGUUGCAU